GUAAAUUUUAAUUGGGUAACAACUUCGGACGUGGAGUCUUCUACAAGGGUGGGACUUGGGUGGGAACCAAACCCAGUUCACCCGAGCAUCAUAUGCCUCUUCCUUGAUCAAGAGGAUCACCUUCCUUCAAUCAAGGCAUCACCCAACCAUUCAUCGCCCGAUCGGCGCGUCGAUUCAAUCUCAGACACUUCAGAAAAUUUUGGGAAGGUAAACUUUAAACAAUGGAUGUACCUUCCGAUCCAGCUACGAGCAUCUGCAGUCACUGUGAUAGGGCAAUCCUCUCUUCAAACAUGGAUUUGCACUUUGCUCACUGCUCUCGGAAUCUGGAAAAAUGUAAGAUUUGUGGCGAUAUGGUUCCCAAGAAAUACACUGAGGAACAUUUCUUAAGUAGUCAUGCUCCAGUUUCCUGCUCCUUGUGCUGUGAGACAAUGGAACGUGAAGUUUUAGAUGCUCACAAAGGAGCAAAUUGCCCACAAAGAAUCGUUACGUGCGAGUACUGCGAGUUUCCUUUACCAGCAGUUGAUUUGUUUAAGCAUCAGGAAGUGUGUGGGAACCGUACAGAACUUUGUUAUCUUUGUAGUAGAUACAUUAGACUCCGCGAAAUGAACUCCCACGAGAAGAAAUGCAAUGGAAUAGUAGAUAAUAAUGUUGCUGAGUCUUCCAGGAACACAAGGGCACCAGCAAGCGAUAACAAUACUCCAAGAAGGCGUCCCAGCGAGCUCUCAAAGAAGCGUCUUCUCUUUACCAUUGCAAUAACCGGAAUUGCUGUUCUGUUAGGGUCACUAUUUUUCAAGAGGAAAGCUGAGCCGCAUUCCUAAUCAGACUGGGACUUCCAUAUAUUACCCAAAAGAAUUCGUUGCAAUGUUGUCUUCAUAUGCCUACCGGGAAUGCUAGGGGUACCCCGACAAUUGUACACCAUUUGUACACUAAAGGGAAAAAUAGACAUAAUGUCUUUGCCCGGACAGACAUAAAAUGUCUUUGUUUGCCUUUGGCGUACAAAUUAUGUACAAUUGUUGGGGUGCCCCAAUAAUGUUCCUGUAUGUACACUAGUCAUGCAAUACCAUCUCUUAUCUUACCCUUGCCAUCAAUGGAACAUGUGAGUCACCAAUGUCAAUCAAUGUUAAUAAGCAGAUUUCUGGGUUGCAUUCAAUUAAUGGGUGUUUGAGCUUUAUAUUACGAGUAAUUAAAAGUAAAAUGAAUAUGAAUGUAUAUU